CAACCAUCUGCUGAACUCUGCCGCGGCUAGACCGUCCGCAAUACCGGAAGGUUCUUCAUGCGCAAACGGCAAAAUGAAUGAGGUGGAGAAAAUGAGCCUUGAGAAUGGGGAAGAGGCGCAGCGACAUAAUCACGGCGAUACCGCGGAGGAAGUUUGUCACCCAUGCAAACAAAACCGUCACAUCUUUGGUGAGAGCUCCGCUCAGGCGGACGUAGUCGCUGCCCCGCGGGAGGGCCAGGAGGGACAUGGCCGCCAUAAAGUUACGGAAGACGAGAACACACGGCAGAUGGAACAAAAGCUCAAGGAGAAAGAGGACGCGAUAAACUGCCUUCUUCACGCGCUGACUGACGCCGAGACGGUCACCGCGUUUGUCAGCAAGUCGUGGAUGGAGGCUUACGAGCAGCUCAAAAUGACCUAUGAGGAUGACUCCAACAACAUGGUGGCGGCCAUAAAUGCCGAGUGGCAGAAGUGGUGGGCCUACAGAGAGCAGGAGACGGCCGACCAGUUUCAGACUCAGUGGGAGAACAUGCAGUGGCACAUGGACGAUAUGGCGGCCCACUUCCAAAGCGCGCUCGACGUCAUGCAGAGGCACAAUUUGGAAAUGUCUACGUACUUCAGGAAUGGAAUGGAGAGGCUCCGACAGCACAUGGGACGGGUCAUCCGGGAAAAGGAUGACUUGAUUGCAGAAUUGAGAAGGGAAAACGGCAUUCUCGUAGCCGUGAACGGAGCGGUGUCGCGUUUUGCAAAUGAGACCUUGGAAGAGCAACAAAGUCUUCAAGCCUCAGAGGAUCCCUUGAGGGCGGAGCAAGCGGCGACGAUAGCCUCUGUUAAUGCUGCCGAAGUAACGGGUAGCGAUCCAAACCCGAAUGCACAAUGACGUCGCUUCCAGUGACACGUUGGAUCUUAGAAAUGCACGGACAAAAUUAUUCAUCCAUUCACACGGGCGCAAGCUAAUGAGUCAUACAAUGCGAUGCCGUUUCCAAAGGAGACGACACGAAAGAACUGGGACCUGUUGGCAGCAAAGCCAAGGUGGAACAAAUGGACUGAAAGUGCUUUGCACAACAGCAAAAACUGCCGACGGGACAACGGCCAACCCCGUUAGUCUCCGAAGCGACACUUUCGAUUUGUUGGCAAAUCUGUACAUUGCCGUCUCCACUCAAAAGUUUGUUGCCUUCCCUGAAGGGGAACGAUUCAAGACAGACAUUGGCAUGCAUUAGUCCAAGAAAUUGGCCUAUUAACUCAUUCACUCCCAAAGACGUUUUCAAACGUCUUUUCGGACUUGGUCUAGAAUUGGCUGGUACUGAAUGAGUUAAUCUGGUCCAUUUGAGGGUGUAACCUCAUGCGACUAGAAGGACGGUCACCGGUGGUUUUAGUCAUCUUCACAUUUGUCCUCAACACAAGCGGAAAUGCACUUUUAACGUCCGUGUUUCAAGAAAAGGCACCGAGUUGCCUUGGGAGUUCAAUAAUCGUCCCCAUUGUCUUGAAUACAUUUAGGGAUGCUCGAUUAAGCCUGAGAAUUAUUCCCCUACGGCAAAAGCGAGUUGCCGACCUUCAAGCUAUGAACGUGGUCGAUCCUAUUUGACGCUAUUCUGGCCACAUCAUUCACAAGCAAGUUUAUUUCAUGUCGUCUGAUGUGUUCCAAUGAAUCUUCAGCUUUUCGGACACGUUUUACAUGACAGCACUUGAUCCCGAUGGCAGGGAUCCUCAACCCAAUGUUUGCUGCAGGAAUAAAUGUGUCUAUGGGAAUACAGUGAAUUUGGGAAAUUCAUGGGGAACAAACAUAUAUAUAUAUAUAUAUAUAUAUAUAUAUAUAUAUAUAUAUAUAUAUAUAUAUAUAUAUAAAUCCUAUAAAAAGCUAUGAAUGGGGAUUGGACUGUAUUUUAGUUUUCAGUCGGCACUUGGAUCACAGUUAUCAGUCAAUUCACUGCCACGUCUUCUAAAAGCAUCUCCCAGCGGCUGCUGUGGUUGCUACGCCAGACCCGAUCGAUGCUUCCUGCAUUUAUCCCGUCACAACCGCUGCUCUGAGGACCUGGCUUCCGCCAUGAACAGCCUGACUGCACACCUGGACAUGUUCUGUGCCCGGUACCUUCCCACUUGGCAGCGGCGCAGAAUGUCCUGCAGCUGCUCUCCAUCCCCUCUCCGGCAGUGCACAUCCUGCGGCCGCCGUGUGACCCUGCUCCAGAGGUGUUACAACUCAACCGGGAAAAAAAAUCACAUGGUACAAAAACAAAUUUGGUUACACCUUCUCAUAACUGGGGAUGUGGCUGCGGUCAAUUAAUAUUCGGACAUGAAAUCCGAGUCGGCAUACACCGGCUACCAAGUGCCUCCGAAUAACAGCAAAUAAAGUUCUGAUGUUCUUGUAGGCUUUUCUGAACCAGUUGCAGAGAAAAUUAUGCUACAACAUAUUGUGGUGCAACUUGCUCUACAGACAUUCUGAAUGUAUUCUAUUGGGCUAUACAUGUGCCGGUGCAGAGCAGACAAGCCGACUGGCCACUCAUUUCCACUUCACAGCCACACAAUAACUUUUGGAUCUCUUGACAGCCACCACAGCGCUCACAUCGAUCAUGCACAAGCGCCAAUGCACCUGUGCAGCAGUAAAUCAGCUUGCUAGCGCACAGCCUAUGUUUAGUUCGUUCAAUGUCACGAGGCAGGGCGGCUGUAUAUCCUUGGUGUCAGCAUUAUGUGAAGGUGGUCAUGUUCCCUCUGUUGCUCACAUGACCCGAUUUCUGACGAUGGGCUUGAAUGUUUGUGUCUGCUUAUGAGUUAAUAGCAAAAGAUGAUGUGCCUGGUGAGCAAUUUAAGCCGGAAUGUAUCAUGCGUGUUGUCGUGCGUGACUCACCAGCUGUAAAAAAAAAUGAUGUAUUUGUGUUGACCUAACCAAAAAAAAUGGUAUGGGACAAGUAAAAAGCAGGGUUUUUGAAUGCAGCAAUCAGCAGUGGCGCAUUUCACGAUGCCGGCGCGAAAGAUGAAAACUGCGCGCGCGUGAUUGCUAAUUGCUGCAUUGUGGGCCGCCUCUCUUCCACCUCCACCGUGACACGCCAAUUCAUCAGAGAUCACAGGCGGAUCGAACCAAUGGCUCCCGUCUAAGCCCGCCGCUGACAAAUAUCCCCCCAAAAUCCUUUCUUGCAGUCUGCUGCCUUCAGCGCCUGCCUGCAUACGACUCAUUAAGCCAGCUGACUGUCACUCGUCAACGCUGCAAUCUGGCAUUGGAUCUUGAUGCAAAGGGGAAAUAAAAAGUUUGACGUUUUUA